AUGACUACAUACACCAAGACACCGCUCUACGGCGGCGCUAUCUAUGUCGAUCUCCCGUCCAAUUUUGCGGAUGUUAGUACGAUCCGCCAAGUCCCCGAUGAGCAAGAAGUCUUUUUGGAUAAAGAUGGAUUCACUAGCAUCAUAUUUGAUAUCGUCGAGCGCGUUGGCCCUCCCGGCUCAGGACCGGAUGUGGACGGACAGGCUCUAACUACACAUCUGGAAGAGAUAGUCGAUUCUCAGGAUGAUACGGUCCGCGUCUGGAACUCGAGCACAACGAAAUUCUCUAAACUCCCCUCCGAAACCCCUGCUUAUACCCUCAUCACAACGCAAGCAUCGCCAUCUAAAGAAAGUCCCACGAGCCCGGACUUCACUGGCAUCGUCCUAACCCUCAUUCGACUCGAACGAGAGUUGACAGAUAUCCUCAUUACUAUCAAUGUCCCACAUAUCAACGGCGAGUACAAGGACGAAGUUGACAUGCAGUCCGGGAAGCAAGGCCGAUUAAUUGAAAAUUCUAUCGAGUAUGCUACAAGAAUCUGGGAAACCUUUGAGAUAAAAGAUUGGAGCUUAUUCUGUUAA